UAUCAUUAAAUGCACCAAACUCGCCACUUGAUAAAUUUAUAGUCGUUAAGCAGAUAUGCGACGAUUUUAAUUGUUUUAUGUUUGAGCGCAGAUGAGGUUUAUAUAUGGUAGCAUAAGCAAUGAUUGCAGUAAGCUCAAAAAUAUAGACGAACAGAACAUACUAAUGAAUCACAUCGCUGCUUCGAGACGUUUAGUCUUGAUCUACUUGCGAGUGUCGUGUUUUGGUAUCGUCAGCGUUUGUAUAGUGUUAUCGUUCCCAGUAUGGAUUCAAAUUUUGUUAUCCCACAAUGUAACCCGUUCGGAGGGUAUAAAAUUUCUUGGAUUUAUAGCUCAACACGACAAGUAUGUACAUUUUAUAUCCCUACAUAUACUAUUUAAUAGUAUAAUCGGAUUACUGGUGAUAUCAGUUACCGAGUCGACGCUCAGUGUCAUGGCUUAUUAUGUUUGUGGACUAUUUAAAAUUACUAGUUAUCGAAUACGACACGCUGUUAAUAAAGCGAUCAAACAGAUUGCCUUUCCAAACCGUAACGCUUUGAAUGAAGCUAAGAUUCGCGAUGUUGUGGAAACGCAUAUGAAAUCUAUUGAAAUCAUCGAAGCGGUUGCAAAGCAGACCAUGCUGGCGUAUUUAAUAGCAAUUCUAGUGGUUAUAAUAUCGUUCUCUUUGAAUCUGUACCGUGUUCACGAAGCAGUCAAAGUGACCCAUUCUGAAUUUCACAAGGAAAGUUAGCAGAUAGCUACAGAAAACAUUUACAGUUUUUCUCAACCACUUGUGCAGACUUUUAUCUACAUUUAGAGACAAACAUAAAUCCACAUUACUUUGGUAAUAGAUAUAAACAUGACCAAAAUUUCUUAGAAAGUAAAGACCAAAAAAAAAAAUAAACAAUGCGACUAAGAUAUUUUAAACCU